UCAUUAAGUGUUUGACUCCUAAAAAUGGCACGAACGAAACAGACAGCUCGAAAGUCCACCGGGGGGAAAGCCCCAAGGAAGCAGUUAGCCACAAAAGCGGCAAGAAAAAGUGCACCAGCAACCGGCGGAGUGAAGAAACCUCAUAGAUACAGGCCUGGGACUGUAGCUUUGCGAGAAAUCCGAAGAUACCAGAAGAGUACGGAACUUCUCAUCAGAAAGCUGCCGUUUCAACGUCUUGUUCGAGAGAUAGCUCAAGACUUCAAGACGGAUCUACGGUUCCAGAGCUCUGCGGUCAUGGCGUUACAGGAAGCUAGCGAAGCGUACCUAGUAGGCUUGUUUGAGGACACGAAUUUGUGUGCGAUUCACGCCAAGCGGGUCACCAUCAUGCCGAAAGAUAUCCAGUUGGCUAGAAGAGUCCGUGGCGAGCGAGCUUGAAGUUUUAUUCGUCUCAUUUUUCGGUGUUUUGUGCCGUUUUGUGUCGUCUUUUCUAGGUUAGGUUAGGUUUAAUUUCAAGGAAAAAAAUACAAUACUGUACAAACCAGUUGCAGUUGAAGCCUAGUUUUAGUUUAGUUUUAAGUAGAUUUAGGUUAGACUUAUUCCAAGGAAAAAAAUACAAUACUGUACAAACCAGUUGCAGUUGAAGUUACAAGUGAAAUUUAGUUUUAGGUUAGUUUUAGGAAAGAUUGACAAAGCCCUUUUCAGGGCUGCAAA